AUGGAGAAUGAAGAACCCGAGAUGGAGUUUAUGCCCAUCACAGAGCGUACUCCAACCGCCCUCGAUGAGCGAGAAAUCGAAUCUCUCGGCCGCAUCGCUUCCAGCAAGCUUGGACAAAAGCUAUCCGCUUCGGCCAGUCGCAACGAGAACCUCGACCCAAGGCUAAAUCCUAAUAGCCCCGAGUUUGAUCAUCACCGAUGGGCCCAGCAUGUCCUCAGCCAGGUGCACGAAGCCGGCAUCGAGAUUCCAUCUCAAGGUGUGGUCUUUUCUGAUCUCUCCAUCAGUGGUUCCGGUUCGGCACUACAAUUCCAAGAAACCCUCAUCUCGAGCCUUACACUCCCAUUCCGCUUCGCAUCCAAAGCCCUCACGGGUCGUCUAUCCCCUCCAAGGAGGAUUCUUCACAGCUUCGAUGGCCUACUGGAAGGUGGAGAGCUUCUUCUAGUUCUGGGACGCCCCGGCAGUGGAUGCACCACCUUCCUCAAGACCCUGUGUGGACACUUGGGUGGUCUGACUAUGGAACCCGGCAGCUCUAUUCACUUUGAAGGAAUCGAUUUCGACCAGAUGAUCAAGCACCAUCGUGGUGACGUGGCAUACAACAAGGAAGUCGAUCUGCAUUUCCCUCAUCUGACAGUCGGUCAAACCCUCUCGUUCGCUGCUCACGCCCGUGCACCUCAUCAACGCAUCGAAGCCAUGUCUCGAGAUGAGUACGUGGAGACUCUGACUCAAGUGGUCAUGUCGGUCUUCGGGUUGUCCCACACCUAUAAUACCAAGGUUGGCAGCGAGUUUGUUCGGGGUGUCAGUGGUGGUGAACGCAAGCGCGUCAGCAUCGCAGAGAUGUUCCUUUCCCGUUCUCGCAUCGGUGCUUGGGAUAAUAGCACCCGAGGAUUGGACGCUGCUUCUGCCUUGAAGUUUGUUCGGGCUUUGCGCCUAGCAGCUGACAUGGGUGAGUCUUGCCAUGCAGUCGCCGCCUACCAAGCAUCCCAGUCUAUGUACGACCUGUUCGAUAAGGUGGUGGUGCUCUACGAGGGUUAUCAAAUCUACUAUGGGCCUCGUGAUCGAGCAGUGGGUUAUUUCCAGGACAUGGGAUGGGCUAGACCCGAACGUCAAGUGAGCGGUGACUUUUUGACUGCCAUUACCAAUCCCAAUGAACGCAAGGCACUUCCAGGAAUGGAAAAGGAGGUCCCUCGCACCGCGAAGGAAUUUGCCGAGUACUGGAAGAAGAGCCCAGAAUACCAGAAAUUGCGGAACCAAAUCACCGAAUUCGACCAACAACAUCCUCCUAACGGCGAGGACGCCAAAAGAUUCAAGGAGAGCCAUGUUCAUCAACAGGCUGGACACACCCGCUCUCGCAGUCCCUAUAUCCUGUCCGUGCCGAUGCAAAUCCGUCUAUGUACUCGGAGAGCCCACCAGCGUAUGCUCAACGAUCUACCCACCGCCCUAUCCCCUCUCAUCGUUCAAUUGAUCCUGUCCUUGAUCAUCGGAUCCGUCUUUUACAAUACUCCUGGUACUUCUUCAUACUUCUUCCAAAAGGGAGCUGUUUGUUACUUUGCUGUGCUGAUGAACGCCCUACUCACCAUUAACGAGAUCAUGCAACUAUACAGUCAGCGGCCGAUCGUCGAGAAACAACGGGGUUAUGCCUUUGUUCAUCCGUUUACGGAGGCAUUAGCCAGUAUCAUUGUGGACUUGCCCAUCAAAAUCCUGCGAAUCUCCAUAUUCAGCAUUGUCUUGUAUUUCAUGGCAAAUCUUCGCCGGGAGCCCGCCCAAUUCUUCAUUUUCUACUUGUUCCUGGUCUUCGCCGUCCUGACCAUGUCUGGUCUGUUCCGCAGUCUCGGGGCGUUGACGAAGUCUAUCGGUCAAGCCAUGGCACUUGCUGGUAUCCUGGUUCUUUGCAUUGUUGUGUACACUGGAUUUACGCUGCCACAGCCUUACAUGCACCCGUGGCUGUCCUGGAUCCGCUGGAUCAACCCGAUCUACUACACCUUCGAGGCCCUCAUUGCCAAUGAAUUCCAUGGCAAGGACUACCCGUGCUCGUCGAUAGUUCCGAGUUAUGCAACUGGCUCGUCUUUCAUUUGCUCUUCCGUCGGUGCCAAAGCUGGCGAGAGGUUCGUCUCCGGAGAUGCAUUUAUCGAACAGAACUAUUACUACUACUACUCCCACCUGUGGCGAAACUUUGGAAUUCUCAUCGCAUUCAUGAUUUUCUUCAAUGCGGUUUAUCUGGUUGCCACCGAAUUCAUCUCCAGCGACAAGUCCAAGGCCGAGGCUCUGGUCUUCCGCCCCGGUCAUGCCCCAGCACACCUCCAAUCUAAGGACGACACGGAAGGCGGCCAUAUAGUCGUCAACAGACUUGAACCGACACAAACCAACGAUACGAUCCACCUGCCUGAGCAAAAAGACAUCUUCUCCUGGAAGGCCGUCAACUAUGACAUUCCAGUAAAAGAAGGAACCCGACGUCUUUUGGAUAAUGUCAACGGCUGGGUUAAACCUGGUAGCCUGACUGCAUUGAUGGGUGUUUCUGGUGCGGGUAAGACGACUUUGUUGGAUGUUCUCGCCCAGCGUGUGUCUAUUGGUGUGGUAUCCGGUGAUAUCUUGGUCAACGGUCAGCCCUUGCUGCCAAAUUUUCCCCGUCGCACUGGAUAUGUCCAGCAGCAAGACCUUCACCUCGAGACAACCACCGUCCGUGAAGCGCUUCGCUUCAGUGCUAUGCUUCGUCAGCCAAAGAGCGUCUCCAAGGAGGAAAAGUACGACUACGUGGAAGAGGUUGUCAAGUUGCUCGGUAUGGAAGACUUUGCCGAAGCAGUUGUUGGAUCUCUCGGCGAGGGUCUGAAUGUUGAACAACGCAAGCUUCUGAGCAUUGGUGUUGAACUUGCCGCGAAGCCCACUCUGCUGAUAUUCCUCGAUGAACCCACUAGUGGACUGGAUUCCCAGAGUUCAUGGACCAUCUGCCAGUUCCUUCGAAGACUCGCAGACCAUGGCCAAGCUGUUUUGGCAACCAUUCACCAGCCCAGUGCGACCCUGUUCCAGACAUUCGAUCGUCUCCUCUUCCUGGCCAAGGGGGGAAGAACAGUAUAUUUCGGCGACAUCGGCGAACAGUCUUCUACUCUAUUGAAAUACUUUGAACACAAGGGAGCCCGACCUUGCGAGGAGCUGGAGAACCCCGCAGAAUACAUCCUCGACAUGGUCGCUGGAGAAGGUUGUCCCGAUGUUGAUUGGCCCCAGGCGUGGAACUCGAGCCAGGAGUACCAAGAUGUCGUUGCCGAAGUCGACCGAAUCCAUUCCAUGCGCAAGGGCUCUGUCCACGACCAAGUCUUGGAUGAUGAUAAUGCUGAAUUCGCCAUGCCAUUGUCCACCCAGCUCGGGGUUGUCCUUGGCCGUUGCUUCCAGGGCUACUACCGCCAGCCAGACUACAUCUACGCCAAGUUCAUUCUCGGUAUCGCAUCCGGUCUGUUCAUUGGAUUCUCUUUCUGGAAAGCCGACAACACCCAACAAGGCUUCCAAAAUGUGCUCUUCAGCAUUUUCCUUUUGUGUACCAUCUUCAACACACUCGUUAACCAGAUCAUGCCUCGCUUCGUCACUCAGCGCUCGUUGUACGAAGUCCGCGAGCGUCCCUCUCGAAUUUACUCGUGGAAAGUUUUCAUCCUCUCCCAGAUCCUGGUGGAGGUUCCCUGGCAAGUUUGCCUAGGUGUCUGCUCCUGGGCCUCUUUCUACUGGUCUGUCUUUGGUACCGGUCAAGACUCCGAGAGCCGUGGAUUGAUUAUGUUGUUCAUCGUACAAUUCUACAUCUACGCGGCUAGUAUGGCUCAAUUCGUGGUGUCUGCCAUUCCAGAGCCUACCCUCGGUGCCAUGCUCGCGACUCUCAUGUUCGGUCUGUCUUUCAUUUUCAAUGGUGUUCUACAGCCGCCCAGCGUUCUACCUAGAUUCUGGAUCUUCAUGUACCGUGUCUCGCCUUUCACGUACUACAUCAGCGGCAUUGCCGGCACUGCCUUGCACGGUCGCAAGGUCGAGUGCAACGCAGCCGAGCUAAGCGUCUUCAAUCCCCCCUCCGGUCAAACAUGCUGGGACUACAUGGAGAGCUACGUCAACACAGCUGGCGGCUCUGUCUACAACAAGAACGCCACAUCCGACUGCCAAUACUGUAGCAUGAGCUCCGCAGACCAGUAUCUGGCUGCUCGGGAGAUUUACUACAGUGAUCGCUGGCGCAACUACGGCAUUUUCUGGUGUUACUUUGUUUUCAACAUCUUUGGAGCAAUUGCCUUGUAUUAUUUGUUCCGGGUAAGGACGUCCAAGUCGAUGAUGGGCAAGGCGAAGAAGUGA